AUGUCUGCUUUAAUUGAAACAUCAGAAGUUGAUGAGAAUGGGACUAUAGAUGAUGAAGUAGUCUCGUCAAAAAAUACCAGUGUGCUUCCAAUUGCUAACCCAUACGUGGCAUCAUAUUUGAUCGUUGUUGCUGAAAGGGUGUCUCACCGAAAGAUAGUGUGUUUGCUUCUACUCUGCGUUUUGUAUUCAAUGAGCUGGUGCAUUGGUCCUGUGUUUGGCUUUGGAAAGUAUGAAACUUUUGAAGUCGGUUGCACCAUUGCAUUUGAUGAUGACACAACAUCUGGGAGAAUUUUUGUUAACUGUGCUUUUAUCUUUGUUUUCUUCCUUCCAUUACUAGUAACUGUAUACAGCUACAUUGCAAUAGUCCUGGAGGCUAGAAAGCAGAGGCUGUUGCUAGAAAGACUUGGGAAUGUUACCUGUAUCGGAAAGAGCCGUUUGAAUGUGGAGCUUAAAUUAGUAAGAUCAACUUCAGCUAUUGCUGCAGCUUACAUCAUUGCAUGGUUUCCUUACGCAAUCGUCUGUUUGAAUGGAACUUAUGGGGACCCUGAAGCUAUUCCUUGGACGUUUAGAAUCAUCGCUGCUUUGUUUUGCAAAACUGCUACAACUACCAAUCCUAUUCUUUACCUCUUUAUGUCAAAAGGAUUUCGCAGAGAAACUGUCGAGACUUUGCAAAUCCUGUUGAAGUGUAAGCACCCCAGCAUCGUUUCAAGCAUUCUAUACAACUUUUCGCAAAAAUCAUCAAGUCACCCAUCGUCAUCCCAAAUUUCUCUUAGAUCAUCCUGGCUAAGUAAACAAAGAAAGGAUCAUUGUAACUUCCAAAAGAUUAUUACAAGUGGGUCAUCGUCAGGUGAACAAACCCAUUAUUUGUCAAACAUUGCCGAAACACGAGUCUAGUAUGUACUAGAUGCCGAAGAUUUUAUAAACGAAAUUAAUUCAAUAAUAUACAAUUUGUUUAUUUAUUUAUUUAUUUAUUUAUUUUUUCAGUUAGGCAUGACUCAUAAAUCUUUUAGUUUUCCAUUUUGUAAGUGAAGUCGCUCAAGCUAUUUCUUCGAAAGAAUUUUGAAAGUUUUAAAAUCUACAUACUUUUUAGAAAUUCAAUAAAGCACAUUUUGGAGAAGGAAAUUAUUGAUAAAUCGAUAACAACUAAAUCA